AGCCGCCCCACUCGCUCAAGACAUCCGCCCGAUUUUGUCCUCAGCCGUGCCUGUGGACGUCCUCGUGACAACACCGCCUGGGACCAUCCAAGGUUGCCCUCAAAGGCCAGCCGUGUACGACGUUCUACGACGUUGCGACGGAUGUUUAAUGAGGCCGGUGAUGGAGUGGGUCGUCUUUGUUUCUACGCAUCCUGAAGGAGGGUGUGACUAUCGAGGCAUAAUCUAGAGGGCUAUCGGACGGCCAGGCCUACAGGAAUUCGAAGGGCCAGGCGACUGAUGUCUUUUCUUCUUUUUCUGACUGAAAGGGCAGUGAACAGGUGUGCAAGGGACCAAUUCUGAGAAGACGGUCGACCAAUCCCAGGGGCUUCGACGCGCCUGGGACUCGUGCUGUCCCAGCCUCUUUCACUCGUACGUUCAUGACUGAAGCUGAUCUUGUCAUACAGUUUGCGAAUACCCUUAUACUUAUGUCAAAAUUGUCUAAUAAAGAAGGUACAUCAUCUCACACUCCCAUCACAACCAGGGAAGAAAAGCGUCAUGACCCAUAAUUAUCUUCUUGCACCACCCUCGGACCUUUCUUCGGCUUUCGACAUCUCCAAAGCCUCUCACUGGUGCUUCUGCUUCAAUCAGAACUUAUUUUACAAGGAUCAAUAGCUCUCAACGUCCCGAACUUCUCCCGGCCUCAUGGUCUCCCAGAAAAUCGACCACUCAUAUUCUUCCCUCUGUAGGUCACGCAUUUAACUUGAGCGCAGGUGACGACGCGCGAGGCAGAAGGAGCUGGGGAGUCUAUUCUGCCAGCUUCUCAUGCGGAACACGGGACGAAGUGAGGCUCCGCGUCGCCGCCGUUAUAACGCGAUGUUAGCCUUGCCAUGGUUCCCCUCCAUCGAAGGACCUCAAGAGUCGUGUAGCCCGCCAUGGCUCUCCUGCGGCUGUCUUCGCUCCUUCUCCUCCUGCCCCUCGCGGCAGGUCAGACCUCGAGCGCCGCGUCCUCCGCAACCGCAACAUCUACUGCUUCUUCCUCCGUUUCGUCCGCGAGUGUUGCUACUGGCACAACAAGCGCACCGACCACGCUCCCAUCUGGCAUCCAAGUGAGCGAUGGGACGACUUUCUCCUCACCGACGACAUACCUCGCGACGAUCACCGGCCCGCUCACCGAGCCGAUCUCACACUACUCCUUCGGCGCGUUCCCGACGCCAUCGACGCCGGCUGAGCCACCCGUGUAUCCCGCGUUCGACCCGCUCAGCCCACCGCCGGCGAGCCAGGACCCGACGGUCGUUCCGGAUUUCGGACCGGCGUGGGCGGUUGCGCAUGAGAAGGCGAGGCAGAUGAUCUCGAACUUUACGAUAUGGGACAAGGUGAAUAUCACCACGGGCUACGUCGGUCGAUGCGUCGGCAACGUGUUGGCUGUCGGAAACUUUCCGGGGCUUUGUCUUCAGGACUCGCCUACCGGUGUUCGAUACAACGACUUUGUGACGGCCUUCCCGGCUGGAAUCACCACAGCAUCAACAUGGAACCGUCAGCUGAUGCGUACCCGCGGCCUAUUUAUGGGCGAAGAGUUCAAGGGAAAAGGUGUCAACAUCGCCCUCGGCCCCAUGAUGAACAUGGGUCGCGUCCCUCAAGGUGGUCGCAACUGGGAAGGUUUCGGCGCAGAUCCUUUUUUGGCCGGCGAGGCUGCGUACGAGACAGUGCUGGGCAUGCAACAGGGAGGCGUGCAAGCGACUGCGAAGCACUUUGUGGAUAACGAUCAGGAGUGGAAACGCGACAUGUACACGUCAAACGUGGACGAUAGAACUCAGCACGAGAUCUACACGCAUCCGUUCAUGCGUUCGGUUAUGGCUGGUGUUACAUCUGUCAUGUGCAGCUACAACAUGAUCAACGGCACGUAUGCAUGCAACAACAACAAGACAAUGAACGACAUCCUGAAGCGCGAGUUUGGUUAUCAAGGAUGGAUCCAGUCCGACUAUGAGGCAACAAUGGACACGCUCGGUGCUAUCAACGGUCUCGAUAACUCCCAACCCGGCCCUCUUCCCCCGGGCACAGGCCCAAACUCCUACUUCGGCGCCAACCUAACCGCCUUCGUGCUCAACGACACAAUCUCCGCGGCGCGUCUCGACGACAUGGCCGAGCGCGUCAUCGCAUCGUGGUACUUCAUGCACCAGGACGAGGGCUACCCGCCCGUGUCGUUCAACGUGCGCGACCCGUACGACCCCGCGACGAACCUGCACAUCAACGUGCAGGCGAACCACAGCACCGUCGUGCGCACGAUUGGCGCUGCCGGCACGGUGCUGCUCAAGAACGAGAACGGUGCGCUGCCGCUGGAUAAACCGCGCACGCUGGUGAUGGUGGGAAGCGAUGCGGCGCCGCCGGAGGAGGGGCCGAACCAGUAUACGGAUCAGGGAGGAGAUCCGUCUGGGAUUCUGGCUAUGGGCUGGGGAUCUGGGACUGAUAACUUCACUUAUCUUGUCUCGCCAUAUGAAGUGAUUCAAGCACGCGCCCGCGAAGACCAGACGAGCGUCUUUUGGGACUUUGACAACUGGGACUUGUGGCAGGCUGGCAAUCGUGUCAUAGACAUGGAAGUUGCGCUUGUAUUCAUCAACUCCGACUCCGGAGAAGGGUACAUUGAGGUUGACGGCAACUAUGGAGACAGGAAGAACCUGACUGCCUGGCACGGCGGCGACGAGCUUGUCAAGACUGUCGCAGACAAUAACAACAACACCAUUGUCGUCAUCAACAGUGUUGGUCCGCUCAUCCUUGAGCCUUGGAUUGAGCAUCCCAAUGUCACCGCCGUUGUCUGGGCAGGUCUUGGUGGACAAGAAGCCGGAAACUCGAUUAUGGACAUCCUUUACGGUAACUGGAACCCGUCAGGCAAGCUACCCUACACGAUUGCAAAGAACAUGUACGACUAUUCUGCGAACCUCACGACGGGAGGUACCGAGCAAGAUUAUAUCGCGAUCAACUAUACCGAAGGGCUCUACAUUGAUUACCGCUGGUUCGAUUAUAAGAACAUCACACCGCGGUACGAGUUUGGCUAUGGACUUAGCUACACAACAUUCGAGUUCUCCGACCUCGCCAUCACGCCUGUGAACAACACCGUCGACGGUAUCGACCAGGCUCUGGUAACAAACUGGGAGAACGGGGGUGCGAGUCCUAUCGCUGUAGGGUCGACAACUGCAAUAUGGCUGCACAUGCCCGCGUACCAGGUGACCUUCAACAUCACCAACACGGGCUCCAGAUUCGGCGGCGAGAUCGCGCAGCUGUAUCUCCACCACCCACCCGAGGCCGACGAGCCGCCUUCGGUCCUCAAGGGCUUCACGGACGUGUGGGCCGAGCCCGGGCAGACGGUCCAGGCGAGCAUCACGCUAAGCCGACACCAGCUCUCGGUUUGGGACGUCGUCAGGCAGGGAUGGGCGAAGCCAAACGGCACGGUCACCUUUUCCGUUGGGGCGAGCAGUCGGGACUUCAGGCUCAACGGAACGAUCCCGGGGUAACGGUGCUAAACGUCAGGGGAGCGCAUUCCGUUCACUCGUUUUAUAGUAAAAAUAGGAUUGAAUCGAUGAUGGUCGAUUACAAUGACAAUGUUUAUCCUUCACUUCUGUGCUUUACAAAGAUUCGGACCGG